AUGGCUGCUAAAUUAAUUAAAAGUCAAGCAGAAUUAAUUGCGAGAUUAGAAAAAUCAUUGACGAACUUUAAGAAGAGCCCAAAAUCAAGAGUUACCAAAUCAUAUGUAGAGACAAGAAUUACAAUUUUAGAAGAUUUAUAUACGGAAUUUAAGAAUAAUCAUAGAGAGCUUAUUCAGAUUGCUACAACUGAACAAGUAGAUGGCUUAUCGUAUUUCAAGAAUGAUGACUUUGAUACUUUUGAGGAAUUAUAUACCGAAUAUGUGUCAGAACUUAAAGAAAAAUUAGACAUAUUUCAAGAGAAACCUAGUUCAGUAACUAAUAAUCCGAUAUAUGAUGAAGUCAAACUUCCAAGAAUACAAUUACCGUCUUUCUCUGGCAAAUAUGAGGAGUGGCAAACAUUUCACGAUAUGUUUGUGUCGCUAAUACACAGAAACGAGAAAUUAUCUGCAGUGCAAAAACUACACUACCUUAAGAGUAGUAUAUCUGGAGAACCGGAAAGCUUGCUGCGUAAUUUUCCGACCACUGAAAGAAAUUAUGAAGAGGCUUGGAAGCAACUGACUAAACGUUACAACAACAAACGUUACAAUACAAAUGCCAUAAUGAAAGUAUUAUUCGCACAAAAACAAACGACUUCAGAGUCUUCGCAUUCUAUCAAGCAACUACUGGACACAACUACCGCUUGCUUAAAGGCGUUGAACAAUAUGGGUAUCGACACAAGGUCGUGGGAUACAAUAGUGAUUUACAUAGUGGUUUCUAGAUUGGACGUAGAGUCUCACAAACAGUGGGAAAAUCAAGUAAGCAUGCUAACAGAGGAAUUGCCUACCUGGUCGCAGUUAGUGGACUUUCUUGAAGCUAGAUUUCGUAGUUUGGAGAUGAUUGAUUCCGGAAAGCAAACAGUUAAAACAAGUUUUCAACCUAAAAAGCAAAUCACUAAAACUAAAUCAUUUCACACAGCAGUUCAACAAGAGAGCAAGAAGCCAGAUACUUUGUGUGCUUUAUGCGGAGAUAAUCACUACUUAAAUCUAUGUAAGCAGUUUGGAAAACAGACAACACAACAGAGAAGAGAAUUAGUACAAGCUAAGGGUCUGUGCUUCAACUGCAUGCAGCCCACUCAUGUGGUUAAUAAAUGUCGACAAUCCACAUGCUGCAAGAAAUGUGGGAGAAGACACCACACGAUGCUGCACUUUGAUAAAGAAGGAUCCAUAGAGAACACUCAUAAUUCACAAGAAGUCACCAAAACAGGGAUUGAGAAUACUAUUCAAGCACGUACGUCAACAGCAGAACCAAGAAUCGUGGCUAAUUUCUCGAAGCGUGAAAAUCAGAGUAAUAAUGUUCUACUGGCGACAACACUUCUUAAGGCUCGAUCAAGUAAUGGUGAAAGACUUUUAGUGCGUGGUUUGUUAGAUCAAGGCUCGCAAGCCUCAUUCGUUACAGAAUCUGCGGUUCAAUUACUUGGCUUAAAACGUACUUCUGUUAAUGGGUUCGUAUCAGGUCUGGGAGAUGGUCAAAUGCAUAUUAAACAUUUAGUUAUGUUAUAUUUAGAGUCACGCCACAAUCCAGAAUUUUAUAUUCAAGUAAACGCAUAUGUUUUAGGUUCGCUUACAUCAAUGCUUCCAUGUGAAAAGCUAGAUUCACCUGAUUGGUUAGAGAUUGAGGACUUGGAGUUAGCUGAUCCGAAUUACGCAACCCCGGGUAAGAUUGAUAUCUUACUAGGAGCUGAAGUUUACGCAAAUAUUUUGUUAGAGGGCAUGAUAAAACACCCUAAAGGAAAUCUCAUCGCGCAAAAUACGGCGUUUGGUUGGGUUUUAUCGGGACAAGUGUCCAAUUCAUCUUCGGCUAAGACUAAAAUAACUAGCUUGCAUUUGCAAAUCAAGGACAACGACGAUUAUCUCAAGCGUUUUUGGGAGUUAGAAGCUGAACCAGAUAAAAUUCAGAAAAGAUUGUCUAAGGAGGAGCAAAUGUGCGAAACGCUCUAUGAAGCUACAACUAUAAGGGACAAGGAUGGAAGGUUCAUUGUUACACUACCGUUUACUAAUGAGGAUCCUGAAUGUCAGUACGGACAAUCAAAGGAUAUAGCAAUGAGAAAACUACUGGCUUUAGAAAGAAGACUAAACAAAAAUCCGAGGCUGUAUGAAGAAUACAGAAAAGUAUUACGUGAGUAUGUUACUCUUAAUCACAUGGCUCUAGUCGAAGCAGAUGAUGUGGACAAUCCUAAAGCUGUCUAUUUGCCACAUCACGCUGUAGUUAGAGAUGACAAGGAAACAACAAAAGUUCGUGUUGUUUUUAACGCGUCGAGCAAAGGUGUUAAUGAUGUGUCGCUAAAUGACAAUCUUAUGGUUGGACCCAAGAUACAGCAGGACUUAAGACACAUAUUGAUGAGGUGGCGCACACAUCCCAUUUGCAUCGUUGCCGAUCUGGUAAAAAUGUACAGGCAAGUGCUUGUUCAUCCGAAACAUGUCAAUUUUCAGAGAAUUUUAUGGAGGCCAAGCCGAGACAUGCCCGUCCAACAUUACAAGCUACUUACAUUGACAUUUGGAACAGCAUGUGCACCGUACCUUGCGGUUAAAAGCUUACAACGUUUGGCUGAAGACGAGAAAAGUAAGUUUCCUGUAGCUUCAGAAAUUGCAAAAAAUGACUACUACAUCGACGAUCUUAUGACUGGAUGUGAAACGAUUCAAGAAGGUAAAAUUAUCUAUGAAGAGAUGAAUGCACUUAUGACGUCUGGUGGUUUUGAAUUACAAAAGUGGAGCAGUAAUAGUCAAGAGCUGUUGCAGUAUAUCAGAGAUGACAAUCAUAAGAACGAUAAAUGCAGCACAUUACCUAUUAAAACAGAUAAUAUGGUGAAGGUUUUGGGUAUUCAAUGGAAUCGAGAAUCCGACAAUUUUGAGUACGUAGUCAACAUUCCAGAAGUAAAAUAUCCAAUCACAAAAAGACAAGUUUUAUCAAACAUUGCACGACUAUAUGAUCCUAUGGGUUGGAUCGCACCUGUAGUCAUCAUAGCAAAGAUAUUAAUCCAAAAAAUAUGGAAAUCACAGUUAGAUUGGGACAAUCCAUUAACUGAGGACUUGAGUGAAAUGUGGCUCCAAUUUCGGAAGGAGUUGGUAGAAAUUCAAAGAAUUAGAAUACCUCGAUGGAUGUGUUGCUCACGCGAUAGCAGAGUUGAACUUCAUGCGUUUUCAGACGCAUCGAGGGCAGCUUAUGCAGCAGCAGUAUUUAUUCGGGUCAUUGAUCAGGAUAAAUCUGUGCAUGUGAAUUUAGUGUCGGCUAAGACUAAGGUUGCGCCGAUAGAGAAGGAAGUUUCAAUUCCGCGUUUGGAAUUGUGUGGCGCAGUUCUUGCAGCGAAAUUAUUAAAUGAAAUAUCUCAAGUGAUCCCUACAUCAAAGGAAAAUCUAUAUGGUUGGACUGAUUCGACAAUAGUAUUAGCUUGGCUGAAGGGGGGAUCAAGUAAAUGGUCAACGUUUGUUAGUAAUCGUGUGUCAGAAAUUCUAUCUAUAAUGGACUACGAUCAAUGGAGACAUGUCUCGACCGAGACCAACCCUUCAGACUGCGCUUCAAGAGGAUUAAAUCCAUCAGAAAUGGUAUCACAUGAUUUAUGGUGGCAUGGACCUCAGUGGCUGAGAGAAAUUGAUAUUAAUGUACCUAACCUACAACUAGACGAGACACAUGAAGAAGAAAGAAUAAUUUCAAUGAAAGUUACAGAGAGUAAAGAAGAUUUUGAAUGGAUGAGAUUUUCAAGUUUAACGAAAUUGUUAAGAGUGAUUUCGUACUGUUGGAGAAUAAUACUACCAAAGACUGAGAGAGAAGCUUUACCUAGAUUUAUUACUGUAAAGGAAAUGAAUCAGACAUUAGACAAGUGCAUUAAACAAGCUCAGAAAUUUGCUUUUAAUGAAGAGAUUACGUUACUAGCGAACGGAAAGGAAAUACCGAAACGAAGCAUUCUUCAUACUCUUUGCCCAAUUUUGGAUCAAAAGGGGUUAUUAAGGGUAGGUGGACGUAUUGAUUUGGCCAACGUAAGCUAUGACGCGCGGCAUCCGAUAAUUAUACCGACUAAGUCUCAUCUUACACAGUUAUUAGUAUCGGAUGCGCAUAGCAAAACGCUUCACGGGGGACCACAAGUUAUGUUAAAUUUCAUUCGUUCCAAAUAUUGGAUAAUACGGGCUAGAGAUCAGGUCAAAAAGCAUUUCAGGAGAUGUAUUGCUUGUUUAAGACAUUCAAAAGCGAAUAGAGUGCAGCUAAUGGGACAACUUCCUGAAGCAAGGUUAAAGCCAUGCAAGCCAUUCAAGGCAACAGGGGUAGAUUAUGCAGGACCAGUUAAUAUCAAGUUUUCGCCAGGACGUGGUGCGAAAUCCUACAAAGGAUAUAUUUGUGUAUUUGUCUGUAUGGUGACACGUGCUAUACACAUUGAGGCUGUGACGGAUUUAACAUCUAAGGGAUUCAUUGCAGCAUUUAGAAGAUUCACAUCUAGACGUGGCCAUUGUCAAGAUCUAUAUAGCGACAAUGGCACAAAUUUUGUUGGUGCUGAUAAUCAAUUACGCGACAUGUUCGAUCGAGCUAAAUCGAACCUCCCAGAUGAAAUAGCCGAGCUAUUAACAUUGGAAUCUACAACGUGGCAUUUUAUACCACCACAGUCACCAAAUUUUGGAGGCUUAUGGGAAGCUGGAGUACGGUGCGCUAAAAAUCAUUUGAAGAAAGUUAUCGGGGAUAGUACUCUUACAUACGAAGAGCUAGCUACUGUACUAUCACAAAUAGAAGCAUGCUUAAACUCGCGUCCUAUUUCCGUAAUUAGUAAUGAAGCAGAUGACCUUCUCCCAUUGACUCCUGGUCAUUUUUUGGUAGGUGAGUCUUUAUUAAAUGUUAGUGAUGAGAGUUAUAUUGACUGUAAUACUAGUAGAUUAGAUAGAUGGAAGUUAAUUCAAAAAAUAGUUAGAGACUUUUGGCAAAGGUGGUCUAAAGAAUAUUUAUGUAAUUUAAAUCAAAGAUAUAAGUGGCAAUCAAAAUUGUAUGAACCAAAACUUAAUGAUGUUUGCAUUGUAAGAGAUGAUAACAUUCCACCAUCUAAAUGGAUUUUAGGCAAAAUUACACAGAAACAUGUUGGACCUGACAAUGUAACUAGGGUUGUUACUCUUAAGUGUAAAAAUGGUUUUAUAAAAAGACCCUUAAGCAAAAUAAGUGUACUUGAAAAUGAUUGUGGUAUUUAG